AUGAAGAAAAUUCGAUUUAAUCAAAGGAGUGAAGCCCUUCAUUCAUGGGCUAGUUUGUUGUUGUGUUCUUUGUUUUGAUUUAUUGUAAUGAAUAAUUUUUUGGGCUUAUUUCCGUUUGUCUUUACAGCUACUAGUCAUCUACUAGUAACUCUUGUUCUUGCUUUACCUUUUUGGCUUUCUUUAAUACUUUUUGGAUGGAUUAAUAAGGCUCGUCAUAUGUUUGCUCAUUUAGUCCCUUUAGGGACUCCUGUUUUGUUGAUGGGUUUUAUGGUGUUGAUUGAAACUGUUAGAAAUUUUAUUCGCCCUAUUACUUUGUCUGUGCGGUUAGGGGCUAAUAUGAUUGCAGGUCAUUUGUUGCUUGUUCUUUUGGGCUCAGCUAUUACACUAAGUGGGGUUAUGGUGGUUUGUGGGGUUUUUGCUUUGAGCUUAUUGUUAUUAUUAGAGUUGGCAGUGGCUUUUAUUCAGGCUUAUGUUUUUAUGGUUUUGGUUGGGCUAUAUUCAGCUGAGAUUUAGACUAUGAAAAAUUUUCAUCCAUAUCAUAUGGUUCAUUUAAGUCCCUGGCCUUUGACUGGGGCUUUAGGGGGGUUGUUUUUGGUGAGAGGGCUGGUUCGUUGUUUUUAUAGGAUAGGUGGGAAUUUAUUGUUUUUGGGGGGUUUGAUUUUACUUUUAACUAGUGUUCAAUGGUGGCGAGAUGUUGUUCGUGAGGGGUGUUUAAAUGGAGAUCAUAGCUUGCUAGUGGUGAAGGGGCUUAGGGUUGGUAUGCUUUUAUUUAUUGUUUCUGAGGUUUUCUUUUUUGUUUCUUUUUUUUGAGCUUUUUUUCAUAGAAGUCUAGCUCCUACACUGGAGUUGGGCUUAAUUUGGCCCCCGUUUAUGAUUGAGGGAUUUAAUCCCUUUCAUGUUCCUUUGUUGAAUACUUCGAUUUUGCUAGCUUCUGGAGUGAGUGUGACUUGGUGUCAUCAUAGAAUUUUAAGGGGAGAAUACUUUCAGGCUGUUUUUAGUUUGGGCUUAACUUUAUUUUUAGGGGUGUAUUUUUCUGUGUUACAAGGGUUUGAAUAUUAUGAGGCUGCUUUUGGUAUUUAUGAUUCUGUUUAUGGGUCUACUUUUUUUAUGGCUACUGGUUUUCAUGGUUUACAUGUUUUGAUUGGUAGAACUUUUUUAGGGGUUUGUCUUUAUCGUUCUUGUCGUUUUCAUUUUUCUGGUUGACAUCAUUUUGGAUUUGAGGCGGUUGCUUGAUAUUGGCAUUUUGUUGAUGUGGUUUGAUUAUUUUUGUUUGUUUCUAUUUAUUGGUGAGGUAAGU